AUGCGCCUUGGAUACAUCUUUACUCUGUUUAUAUUGAAAUGCAACGACGCUUUGUUAGGAGACAACUACAAGCCAAUUUGAUUAUCACAGGGGUUUUACACCUUGUUCCUUAAACAACUAUUAACUAAACUAAAUUUCGUUCUGUCCGUCUGAUGUUACAAGCAUUGUUGGGUGUAAAAAGUUAAAUAUUAGUCUCAGGAAAGGGGCUCUAUUUCGUCAUGUCAGCUGAUAUGGGCAAAGACCAUGUGUGAGACGAAGCGCUGCCAACAAAUAAUGUUGAUAAUGAAUUAGAAACAAAACUUACGGGACGAUAAAAAAGAAGUGAAUGAUUAGUGACACGUUGUAGGAGAGGGGCAUCAGUAACAAGAGAUUUCAAUUUGAAUGUUUAUGCCAGUGAUAAUUUGAGUACAAAUUUUCAAAGCUUAUAUAAUAUAUCUCCUUUAAGCUCAUAACUUUUUUAAAUGAUUUAAUAAAAUGAGUAAAGAAUUCGAUAUUUUUAGAGACAGUCCAUUGCGAUAUUUGGGUUACUGCAAUGAAGUGGGCGAAGCUUUCCGACCUCUUAUACAUCGUCAUUUGGUACACACGUCCUAUUUAUUGGCUACUGCGUAUGUGUGCGCUGAUGCCAUUGACAAAUCCGUCAAAGAAUAUCAACGGGGAGAGAGCGCUAAACAAAUUGCCAUUGUUACUGGUGAUGUUUUCAGUUGGCAAAUCGUCGCCUCAGUCAUCAUUCCUGGCGCAACAAUCAACAGGAUAACGUGGUUGACUGGCUAUUUACUUCGCAAAACUUAUGCCAGAAAAGUGUUUAAAAAAAUUGUGCCCACAGCUAUGGGUUUGUGUUCAAUCCCAAUAAUAAUUGGGCCAAUAGACAAAUUUACCGAUGGGCUCAUGGAUGCAACCUACCGAAAAUGGUUUUACUAAGAUAUGUGCUAACUUGUAGUAUUUAAGUACUAUGUAUGGUACUUGUGCAUAUUAUGUGUACGGAUACAUUGUUAGUUUUUGUAUCAAAUCUUAUAUAUUAUAUAAUGAGGCAAAGAUAUUCCAUUAACCCGGCUAUGUGAUGUUGCUGAAGCAUGUUGUGUUGAGUAUACCCUCGGCAUGUUAAUUUGAAGUGCAAUCAUUUGUGGGACAACCUCAAGAUGGACACUACAAAUUGAACGAGUAGCUUGGGCUACAAAUUCUCCAACAAUCUACUCAUCUUCUUCACAUAUGCAUAAAUAAAUAUCUAUAAUACAUGUAGCAUACCAAGUUCAAGCGAGUUAUAUCCAUCUUUAGGUAUCUGAAGAAUAGUUCAUAUAUAAAUGUUGAAAAAAUAGUUUUUAGAAGAUAUUAAAUUAAAUAUUCCAAAAACAUCUAAUAGAAUUAUUAUUUAGAAUAAUAAAUUUAAUUUAUGGUUUAGAGUAAGAAUUGUUCAUUAACAGUUCGAUAUAAAUUAAAUAUCUCAAUCUUCAGAUUUAGUCAACGUCAAAACAUCUUAUUUCGAUAUUCAACAAUAACGUACGUAUGUGUGGAGGAGGAGUUCGGCCAAACAACCAAAAAGGCUGUAAUCGCCAAUUAUUUAUCUAUACUAUACAAAUUCAUUAUAUUUCGGAAAGUCCGCUUAUUUUUAAAUAUGUUCGAAGAAUUACAAUUUUCCUAAAAGAGUUAAGUUACAUAGUUGUAGUUUAUUUUUGAUGAUAACUCAUUAAAUUGAAUAAUUCACAUAUUAAAAUUUUGUAAAAUAUUUAUUCCUUAAUAAACGAAAUUUCUUUGAAAUGCUAUAUUUAGGGUAAUCAAUAUAAAAAUAUUCCUGAGUUUUAUCUUGAAAAGUUCUGUCCUGGAACCUACCAACGUCAGAGUAACUUUUUCCCCCCUUUUAGUACAGAAAUGUUAAACCUCGUUGUCUAAUCACCACGCCAGUCUCAAUAAUAUCAACUUUUGGUAGUUCUAAAAAUAUCUAAAUUCUAAUAUAUUUCUUCAAAAAUUACCUAGUUCUUUUUCAUCAGUCGAAAGUUUAAAUGAUAAAUUCGCCUAUAAAUAUCUUUCACAAGACGCGCCUAGAUGUUGGUUUAAAAUAAAACAUGUAAACAUUUACUUUAUUUCAGGUUCCACUACUUUUAUUCACCAUGAGCACGUCUGCAGGUAAAAUCUGCCAGUCGAUUCAUGAAUGCCGAAUUGUUCAAAGUUGUUCAGCAACAUUUUGCGCUACAGCAGCAAUAUUCUCAACAGAACGUCCCUUUUCUUUGCUCGACAGAACCAGUUUCUUUUUCGUUUUUUCAUUCGGAUAAUUAUUUCAACCCAACAAAUAACGAAUUUUUUGAUAUGUUAUUCUUAAAGAUCGACUAUUUUCAUAAUAAGUUUCAAUAAUUUUAAUGCAUUCUAUCGUGUAAAGUGGUACAUCUAACUAUUUGACAAAGUCAAAGAUGACAUAAAAUAAGGUACCGUCUAUUCACAUAAGGCAUCACUUUUGAAAGACCCUUUAUUAUACUUUAUAUUAUGUAUGUAAUUUCGGAAUAUAUUUGUUAUUAAUUAC